AAAUGAAUCUCUCUACAUACAGAUAUUUCCAGUUUUCAUUUUUAUCAUUUUCCAUUUCAGAAGUGAUUUUUCGUGCGAUUUUACCAUCAUUUUUCUCGCGGACUUGUUAAAUUUUCCCCGCAAACAAAGGGAAAGAUUCCCUACUGAUUGGUUACGUUUUGAUUAGACUGUAAAUAUGAUCGCGAUCUUUGGUCAUUAAUGCAUCACACCGAGCAGGAAUUUUAUUUCACCAUAGUACUCUCGAAUUCAGGCUUGGAUCCUCUCUUAUGGUUUAGUGGAAUGGUUUUGCUUUUCCCCGAGGAAGUUUGCCUUUUGUAAUUUUAAACCAGCUGAUUUAUGGUAAAACUAUCGGGUUUCCUUGGGUAUGAUGUCCGGAACGCAUAACACGUAACGAGUGUGCUAUCGAAUUGCACUCCGCCAUGUUUAUCGAGGUUCAAGCUGGUUGGCGGUAUGGUUUGUGGUUAGAACUGAGCAUCCACUGGUAAUCAAGAAUGUCUAAAAAAUCAAACAGAUUUACCCUGUUUGGUAAAAAUUUUGAAGAACCAAAGAUCAAAGCCAUCGAAAUAGCAGCCCUUUUGCAAGAAAAAUAUGCCUUCUUGACAGGUGCACAAGCUAACAAUGGCUGCCUUUUUGUUACUAUACCUGAACAUCCCAAGUUUGGAAGUCUGAGUGAUCGAGACAUGGAAAGAAUUUUAAAAUAUCUUGUUGAACUGGCCAGUGAUGAGUUGGUUGAGAAGGGAUUUAUCUUAGUCCUGGAUAGGAGAAAAGACAAAUGGGGAGCUGUUAAAUCUUGUCUUCAAAAACUGCAGAAAUGCUUUCCAUCCAAAGCCUGUAUAAAUGUAGUGUAUGUAUUAAAACCACAAGGAUUCUUCCAGAAGUAUUCGAAACCCAGCUUUGUAGCAGAGGGAUCACUCCGUGACUCAAAAAUGAAGGUUGUUUCUCUAAAUUGUGCUGCUGAGUUGGAGGAGUACAUUGACAAAUCACAAUUGACCGAAGAGCUUGGAGGCAGUCUGCAAUAUAAACAUGUACAAUGGGUUCAAUACAGAACAGCAAUUGAAAGAUUUGAAAGGAACUUGACUUCCUUCAAUGAGAGAACUACAGACUUGAAGCAGAUAUAUUCAAAAACAAAACUGUCCUCAAGUGUACCAGAAAUGGAACAGAUUAUAGAAACACAAGAAGAAAUGUGGCAUGAUAUCAAGGAAGACAUGGAAAGUGCACAUCAAGCAGGAGUUACACUUUUGGAUUGUAUCCAUCCCAAGCAGAGAGACAGAGCUGAUGAGGGGUGCACCCCUGAUAUCAAGGCUAAUGCAGCUGAAUUGAAAGAAUUAUUAGUGAAACUUGAGGCAAUGGAAAAUGACAAUGAAAAACUUUGGAAAGAACAGAAAGCAAGGGUUCAGUAUGGAUUAAAAGUGUGUCUUUUUGAGCGAGAAAUAAGCCAGACUACAGGCCUACUUUUCUCAUCACUCGGCAACCUAUCAGCAAUGACUGAUCUUGGUGACUCAAAAAACGAUGCCCAAUCAAUGCUGGAUGAACUCAAAGAAUUUACAGAUAAGAGCACAGAGCUUCUUGAUAAAGCCAAAGGUUUGGUGGCCAAGGGACUCAAAAUGAUAGAAUCACAUAAACAAUCUGAUGAAUCAAUCAAGAUGAAGUGCGAGGAAAUAAAAGAACUCUGUAACAAGUUUGAUAAGGCAGUACUAAAGAGGGAAGAUGACUUAAAGAAAGCCAUAGACAUCCAUGAAUGUCUUGAAAUGGUCAAUAAAUGGUGCAAGACUGGUGUAGACCUUUUGGCAUUGCAGCCAAUAGAUAGAUUUCAGUCUUCAGAAGGAGCUGAGAAAGCCUUGGAAGAAAUAGAUAAUUUCUUGAAGAGUCCACAAGGAAUGAAUGCAGCAAAGGUCAGAAAGAUGACUCCCAUGAGCACUGCUCUUGGAAACAAGACACUGAUAAGUAAAGUCAAAGAUAGCUUGAAAAGAAUCAGUGAAGUCAAUGACAUGAUGGCCAAACGCGAAACAAGCCUAAAGAAACUUGUGGUAAAGCGACCAGUGCAGCCUGUGUCAGCCUUUCCUGCCAGCCAAGCUUGUAUUUCUGACGAGCAAAAAGAUUCUAAGCGCAAAUUUAGUCAACCACCAAAUUUAAAAAGUCCAGUUCAGAUGUGCAGGGUUGAACGUAAGAAGCCCAGUGCCGCACCUGAAUCACCAAAGCGACCAUUGUCCAUUGUAAUAACAGACAGUCUUCAGGUGCAAGAUGGCAUGCAUUCAUCCCUCUCUGAACCAAGUAUACAGAGAGAUAUUGUAGAUGGCACUGACAGUCCAGAAGCUGCAAGAAAGCGGUCACAAGUGAUGAAAGAACUGAUCCAAACAGAAAAAGAUUAUGUUUAUGACUUAAAGCACAUUGUCAAAGGAUACCUGAAGGAAUUUGCUCAAGCUGGAAAAAGGAUUCCUGCAGAUCUUCAGGGAAAAAAGAAUAUAAUAUUUGGGAACAUUAAACAGAUUUAUGAAUUUCACAAGAAGGACUUUUUACGUGAGUUAGAGUCUUGCCAAGACCAGCCAUCUUUGGUGGGUGCUACUUUUAUUAUGAAGAGUAAUGAAUUUGAAAUGUAUGCAACGUAUUGCAAGAACAAACCAAGUUCUGAGGCAUUGCGAUUGGAUUACAUCAAUCUACCUUUCUUCAAGGAAUGUCAAGAAAAACUUGGUCAUCUACUGCCAUUGAGUGCUUACCUACUCAAACCAGUCCAGAGAAUCACAAAAUAUCAGCUGCUUCUGAGGGAAAUGAUGAAACUUACACUUAGAAACAGCACUGCCUAUGAUGACCUAGAGAAAGCUCUUGAGACCAUGGAAGGAGUCUUACGGCAUGUGAAUGAUGUUAUGCACUCAUGCUGCAUAAGAGCCUUCCCUGGUAACCUUGCUGAGCAAGGAAAGUUGCUGCUUCAGGACUCCUUUAUGGUGUGGGAAACAAAUAAAUCUCUGAAAGUGUUGCCCCUUAAAGGAGGAAAGCAACGGCAAAUAUUUAUGUAUGAAAAGUUGAUCAUCUUUAGCAAGAAAGAUGUUCAAGAAACAAGCAAAGAAGCAGUUCUGUACCAGUACAAGAAGGAUAUAAAGACAUGUGAUGUGGGAUUCACUGAAACAGUGCCAGAUGCUCCUGAAAAGUUUGAGCUUUGGCGGAAUGGGAGAUCAGAAGUCUUUCUCUUGCAACCUGCAUCUCUGGAAGUUAAGAACCGCUGGGUGAAGGAAAUAAGAAACCUUCUUCAGUCUCAGUUUGACCAAGUAAAAGAACAAUCAACAAUUCAUGAUCGUUGGAAGUCAACCUCGGCACUGUCGUCAUCUCCUACUUCAACAGGAUCACAGCUAAGAUCAAGAAGUCAAUCUUCAUUUUCAAUUGCAUCUAGUGCUGCAGCUAGCAACAACAACAACAACAACAGGUAUUCAAACAUCAUGGAGAGGAAUAACUCUACUGAUGAUGAUGAUGACAACGACAGUGACGAUGGCUUUGAUACUGAAGAAUUUGAUUCUGACAACAGUGAUGAGUCUCCCUCUAAUGAACCAGAACAGAAUGAACAUGAUCCACAUACUAGUGCCCAGCUUAUGAAUGUGAUAGAAAAUAACAAUAAAGAUCUUCCAUCCAGAGGGACUAAGUAUCUAGCUGUUGCUGGCUAUGAUGCUGUGGAAAACACUGAGAUAUCUUUCCAAGAAGGAGACACUCUAGAACUGUUGAGAGUUGGACAGGAAGGGUGGUGGCUUGCACGACACACAAGAACUGUUGAAGAGGGCUGGGUUCCAGCAGGUUACUUGGAGACUAUGGCUAAUUGAUGAGUGCAUGAUACACUUGCAAUUGCUGUUUCAGUUAGGAAGACUUUUAUUUUAAGUUUCAAUGAUUACUUUUGUUAUAAUAUGCCAGUAGUUAAUAUAAAAUACUUAGGAAGUAAAUCAGUAAGGCUUUGGCAGAUCUAACAGUGUUGCUUAUCCAAGUUUAUGGGAAGGAGUAAAAAGAGGUAGCAAGGGGAAAAUGUCCCCAAGGCCUUUUCACUCUCUGCUUUUUUACUUUUUGUCUCCUGACCCAUAUCCUUGUACAGGUUAGCUGUUGGGAUUUAAAAAGUACAUGAAGCUGUUGUAAUUUAAUCAAGAUAUAGCUGGUCUGUAAUAUGAAUUAACAAAUUAAGUAACUGUCUAUUAUCCUCACUUCUAAUGGUAAAAUUGAAGAUAUAUGUAAUGUGGGAAAAAUUUAAAGGGUUAAUAUUUAUUGGAGGUCAAUCAUCCAUGAAUGUCAGUUACAAGUUAUAUCUCAAAUCAAAGGAUUCUAAGUCUGUUCAUGCUGUAGGUUUCAAUCGGUGUUUCUGUCCAUCUGUCCAACCCCAACCAUUAAAAUGGCUUUUUUGCAUGCAGAAGAAACCCAAGCCUUGCAUAUAUUUACUCAACACUGUAAUUGCACAAACAUCACCUGAUAACAAACUAGAAAAGAUUUCAUUGUUUUGUAACCAAGAUUUGAUUGGCUCAACCAGAGCAUGCUGGAAGUUAUUGUUUCAAUGCAUAUGAAUGUUUGGGGGGAGAGGGGGAUUGUGGGUUUUAGUAGAUGUAGUGUAACAUACCCAGCCUGUUAAAUUGAAAGGCUCAAAGAUUUUUAUCUGUGUGAAGGCAAAGUACUAUUCAACCUUCCAAGCUCAGUGCACAGGUGUUAAAGAAGCUUAUAACAUAACCAAAGUAAAGCCCGCACUCUCAUAUGCCAAUUUAGCAUCCCCCAUUUGCUCAUGGGUGUACGCUG